AUGAGGGUAGAUAAUCGACCCCCAAAGCGCCGUCCUCACCAACAUCGAGGUCCUGGCCUACAUAACCGCCAACCCACCCCGACGACCCCUAAUCCUCCCCCGAACUCCCGGAAUUGGGUUCCUAGUCCUGAUCUCCGCGACCAUAACACAGUUGUUCGAGAGAUCCACAACUACAUCCACCGUCUCUCCCCUCACGUCCUCAAAUACCCAGCUUAUAUACAUGGUGAACCGCCGCAGUCACAACAGCAGCCGUCGUCGGGUGCGUCCCCGACGGUACCGCCCGUGCAGCCGAGUGCGCCUACUCCCGUUGACCUUGCGCUCCGCGAGCUGGUUACGCGGCUGAAGCCGUUCGGGUUGACGAAGGGGGAGGUAGUUAUGAUUGUGAAUUUGGGGUGGGGGGGAGGAAGGGGGAGGAAGGGGGAGGAGGCAGGUAGAGAAUCAGGGGGUGGGGGAUUGAGCGAGGAGGAUUACGGGGCGCUUGCGCUGCUGGAUACGGUGAUUGAGGAGCGGGAGGAGAGGUUAUCGGAGGAGGAUGUGGCGCAGAUAUUGGCUAUUAUUCGGGAGACGUUAGGGUCGAAGGGGAGGACGGGGAGUGUUGGGUAGAUGGGCAUGGGUGACACGGGAUGACAACGAAUCUACGCACCAUUUAAAGAUGUAAUGCUCUUGUACUGUGUCUAUUCACUGGUGUAUCUGGUAUACGACUGGUAUCCGGCGAUGUAGUAUGUAUGGCUUUUGUGGAAGGACAGAAGAUAUAUGUGCUCGACC